UGCCCCUCGGACACAGCGGAUCACGGAAAGAGCCGAAGAUGUAGGCUCAGUCAUGUGAUCAGCUGUGUCCCAUCACAGCUGAUCACUGAUCAUCAGGGCACUGAUGAUCAGUGUGCCCUGAUGAUCAGUGUGGCCCCAGAAGUGCCACCUGUCAAUGCUCAUCAGUGCCAGUGCCCAUCAGUGCCAUGUGCCAGUGCCCAUCAGUGCCACAUCAAUGCCACAUAUCAGUGCAUACGAGUGCACAUCAAUGCCACAUAUCAGUGCCCAUCUGAGCUGCCUUUCAAUGUCACCCAUCAGUGCCAGUCAGUGCCACCCAUCAAUGCCAAUCAGUGCCACCUAUCAGUG